GGGCAUUCAGGCAGGCAGCGAGGGAAGGGGAGGGUAAACAGUGCUGUGUUUCAGAGGGGAUAGCUAGGCUGCCUGUCUAUCUCUGACCCUAAUUCCAGAUGCAUUCAGCCACAUUAACAACAACGCCUGCAGCCUGGCUGGCUGAGGAAAAUGACGGUCUACUAGAAAAGGAGGAUUCCCACUGACCGGUAGGACGGGAUGGCAUUGGCUUGGCUACUGUGUGAUCAAAGAGCAAAAGAGUAAAGGGGUGAAAUACUUUAGUAACACAAUGCAUGGUGGGAGAUGAUAUUGAUGAUAUAUCCCUGUUUAACAUGGAUUUCUGGUUUCACUGCGGCAGACAGGGCAUUGUUGCUGUACUGCUCAUGCUGUGGUCUAAGUGUCAGUGUGGGUAAUGGGAAUUCCAGUAAGAAAGGCUCUUCAUACUUACUGAUUUAUAUUGACAAUGACAGAACUACAAAGUUGAAGAUAGUGACUGGCCUUUUAACUCUCAAAUCUUUACAGAAUGACUUAGAUUACAACAAAACUCUACUGACAUAAACGUAAACGAUCUACUGGGCUUGAUCAGAUCAACAUAGAACUUUCUUUCUUUCUCUUCUUUUCAGAUAAAGAACCUCCUUGUUUACACUGCCACUUAGUGAUAUUUAUUUAUAUUUUAUUUAUUUCUAUUCUAUUUUAAUUUUUCUUUAUUUUUUCUGAGUUAUUACUACUCCUGAAUAGACAUUCGAACCAAAUGGAUCUGAGAGCUAAACACAGUCUGGGUCUUUUGGACCAGCUGAGGAAGAUGAGGGAGACAGAGAAGCUGACAGAUGUGGUGCUAGUGGCUGAGGGCAUCAGCUUCCCCUGCCACCGCGUGGUCCUCUCAGCCUUCAGCCCUUACUUCCGGGUUAUGUUCACCUGCGGCCUGCGGGAGUGUAGUACUAGGGAAGUGUUUCUGCGUGACACACCAGCCGAUAGCCUGGGUCUAUUGUUAAACUACAUGUAUUGUUCCGAGCUCCCGCUCAACAACGCCAAUGUACAAGGGGUCUCGGUCGCUGCCUUCCUCCUGCAGAUGGACGAGGUGUUCAACCGCUGCCAGAGCCACAUGAGGGAAAACAUGGACGCCUUCAACUGCUUAGGGGUGUACUACUUUUCCCGCGACCUGGGAGCCGAGGAGCUGGCCGACCAUGCCCAGAGAUACCUGCGGACGCACUUCGUUCACGUGUGUAUGAGCGAGGAGAUUCUGGAACUAGAGGCCCACCAACUGGGGGCGCUGCUGAGCUCCGACGACCUCAACGUGUCGCGGGAGGAGACCAUCCUGGACAUGGUGCUGCGCUGGGUCAGGCAGGACACUCCGGGGGAUGGGGUGGAGGACAGGCGGAGUAGGCACCUGGCUGAGCUCCUGAGGAAGGUGCGUCUCGCCUUGGUGGCCCCUGACUACCUGAGGGAGGCUAUGAAGAGGAAUAUGUCUCUGUUGGCAGAUGCAGAGUGUCUGGAGAUGAUGGAGGAGGCUCUGGAGGCCACAGGGAUGCACCCGGCCUCCUCACCCCGUAAACUGAAGCUCCGCUAUGGGAUGGAGACCACGGAUCUGCUGCUCUGCAUCGGCAACGAGGGCGGAGGGAUCCGAUCACGGUAUGGAAAUUAUUCUGAUCGCAGCUUCUGCUACGCCCCCUCCACGGGCCGCACCCACUACAUCACGUCCCCACGCUACGGAGACGUUCUGGGAUUCGUGUGUGCGGGGGUCGUCACCGAAGGCAACGAGAUUGUGGUGGCCGGGGAGGCAGGGGUGAGGAAAAUGGCCAGGCAGACGGACAGGAAUGUGGAGAUAUUCAGGUAGGAAUCUGGAAGAACGGUAUCAUGAGCUCUGUGUGUGAAUGAGAUCAUCAACAAUAAUAUAACUAUUCGUCAGAGAUGAGAGACAGGUACUAUUUAUGUGCUGUGGCCAGGUAGAGUGUGUGGCCAGGUAGAGUGUGUUGACAGGUAGAGUGUGGGGCCAGGUGGAGUGUGUUGACAGGUAGAGUGUGUGGCCAGGUAGAGUGUGUGGCCAGGUGGAGUGUGUUGACAGGUAGAGUGUGGGGCCAGGUAGAGUGUGUGGCCAGGUAGAGUGUGGGGCCAGGUGAAGUGGGUUGACAGGUGGAGUGUGUUGACAGAUAGAGUGUGGGGCCAGGUGGAGUGUUUGGCCAGGUAGAGUGUGGGGCCAGGUGGAGUGUGUGGCCAGGUGGAGUGUGUUGACAGGUAGAGUGUGUUGACAGGUAGAGUGUGGGGCCAGGUGGAGUGUGUGACCAGGUAGAGUGUGGGGCCAGGUGGAGUGUGUGGCCAGGUGGAGUGUGUUGACAGAUAGAGUGUGGGGCCAGGUGGAGUGUUUGGCCAGGUAGAGUGUGGGGCCAGGUGGAGUGUGUGGCCAGGUGGAGUGUGUUGACAGGUAGAGUGUGUUGACAGGUAGAGUGUGUGGCCAGGUGGAGUGUGUUGACAGGUAGAGUGUGGGGCCAGGUAGAGUGUGGGGCCAGGUAGAGUGUGGGGUCAGGUAGAGUGUGGGGCCAGGUGGAGUGUGGGGCCAGGUAGAGUGUGGGGCCAGGUGGAGUGACAGUGUGAGAAUGAUUGUCAGUAACACCAGACCAGAGGCCUGCCUGUGUUUAUUUUAGCAUGGUGGAGUCUCACUAAAAUAGGAUGAAUCUCCUAACCCCUGUCCCUGACUUUGGUUUUGUUGUCCUCUUCAGGUAUAGGGUGGAGGCCCAGGGGACCUGGGAGCACCUGAGCUCAGCAGAGUACAGAGACUCGUACGCUCUGGGGGCACUGGGUGAUACUAUUUACCUGCUGGGAGGCCAGAUGAAGCUGAAGAACCAGUACCUCAUCACCAACUCUGUGGAGCGCUGGUCCCUGCAGGGCGGGCCCUGGCGUAGCGCCGCCCCGCUACCCAUACCGCUGGCCUAUCACAGCGUGGUCCGACUGAAGGACCACCUCUACGUGCUCGGGGGUCGAACUCCACAGGUAAUGAACUAAAGAGAAGGGGUUUGAUAUAGAUGAACAGUCAGUGAACGCUAGACUCUAUUAGGUGUGUGUGUGUGUGUGUGUGUGUGUGUGUGUGUGUGUGUGUGUGUGUGUGUGUGUGUGUGUGUGUGUGUGUGUGUGUGUGUGUGUGUGUGUGUGUGUGUGUGUGUGUGUGUGUGUGUGUGUGUGUGUGUGUGUGUGUGUGUGUGUGUGUGCAAUGUGGGGGCAGGAAGGCCAAGGGGGCAUUUCACAUUUGUUUAAUUCAGUCUCACAACACCCAUGUAUUUUUGGAGUCCCUCACUCUCACUCAUGUACACACUGUGCUUGACGCUGCGCAGCUUUGACAGCAAAGAGACACACUAUCUGUGUCAGUGUGCGACUGUGAGCCCGCUCUCUAUCCCCUCCUUCUUCUCUAAACUCUGCACCUGUUCUGUCACUUCCCCUGGCAGUCCUGGCGGAUGGACGACGAGCCAGACCGCUUGAGCAACCGUCUGCUAGAGUACGACCCUGAGACAAACAAGUGGACAGAGCUGGGUCCCAUGAAGUACUCCAAGUAUCGCUGUGGUGCUGUGGCGCUCAAUGGAGAAAUCUAUGUGAUGGGUGAGAUUAAGUAAAUAAAUACCACAAUUGGCCGUUUGCUCUCAAUUAGUUUCAUGAUGGUCAUGACGAUGAUGGUCAGUUUGUAUCAGCAACCAGUGAUUAUUCCUCAUAAUUUGAUCUCUAGUAUCUGUUUUUUCCUAGAGCAGUGUUUCUAGUCCCAGGAUCAAUUUAGUUUUUGCUUUAGCACUACUGCGCACACCUGAUUUAAAUCAUCAAAGCUUCAUGAUGAGUUGAGCAUUUGAAUCAGCUGUGUAAUGCUAGGGCCAAAACCAAAAUGUCCACACUUCUGGGUCCCUAGGACCAGGAUUAAGAAACACUGUCCUAGUGAAACCCCUUAACCCCUCAACCUUCAACAUAAACAGUAUGUUUGGACAAAUCAGAUUUCAAGAGUUAUUUUUAAACUAACACUUGACAACACAAGGAAUAAAUGUUACCGUACUAACCCAGUUGUGUUCUAACAGGAGGUAUCGGCUGUGAGGGGGUUGAUCGUGGGCAGUCCCGUCGUUGCCUUGAUGCUGUGGAGAUCUACAACCCUGAUGGAGACUUCUGGAGGGAUGGGCCCACUAUGCCCUCUCCACAGCUAUCCCUACGCAGCAAUGCCUCCAACGCCGCGGUGGUGGGGGGCAAGCUUUAUGUCUGUGGAUACUACAAGGGGGCGGGUAACUAAACCAGAGAUUAUCCAUUAUAUUGACCAAAAAGUGGCUGCUCUAACAAUGAAAAUAAAUGUCUUCAAAAAUGGAAGGCAGUCGGGAGGAGGCAAGAUCAGGCGGGACCAUUCUAGCCAAUGAGAGGGCAGACGCGUGUGAACAACAGGCACAACUUCGAUAUAAAGUGUUUUUUCUCAAAGUUGCUAGAAUGUCACGUGUCUUACUUAUAUCAGUACACUCGUAACACCCUAAGUAUUAUGAAACUUCUAUUAGAUCAAAUAAACCACAUGUAGCAAAUAAGCCAUUAAUUUUUUUGCAAACCAAAUUGGACACUCUCAUUGACCUCCAUACAAAAACUCCUCGCUUCAUGAGCGAAAAAAAUAAGGAAAAGAAACGCCACCUGCUGGAGAAGACAGAUUUUGGGCCCAGUUAUCCCUCUCGCUUAGCCUCUUCCUCUCUGACUAAACCUACUUUCCUUUCCACUGUUCACAAAACUGUGACAUCACGUGGCACAGGUUUGAGUAAAAGAUGACCUGUCCCUUUAAGAACUAAACAAGUUGACUGUAGAUGAAUGCUGUUUCUUUUGAUUGCCACACCACUCUUUAAAAUGCCAGCAUUCUCCACCAUGUGGUAGCACACUCCAUGUGUUGCCACAACAGUUAUUCUGAAAUCAGUUAUAUUGUCAGUAAAGUGAUUCCAAUAGUGACAACAAUUAUAUUCCUGGCCAAUCCUAAUCCCUGUCUCCCUCAGAUCGUCAUGAAGACAUAAUCAAGGACAUCCUGGAACUCGACCCGUGGGAGAACCGCUGGACCGUGGUGGCCCGCCGCGUUCUGAUGCAUGAUGCCUACGACGUCUGCUUGGUGGCAAGCCUCAAUCCACGGGAGCUCAUGUCUCCCCCGGCAGACCUAGUAACUCAGUGACACUCACCCACCCUAAGGUCUAAUGACCCCUUCUUAGCUAAGAGCAGCUUGGGCAAUAAUGAUGUAUUCUGAAAGCUGAUAAUAUUGAGCAACAAGACCUUUCUUUCCACUGCUGUGGGCCAGGAGUCAAAAUGCAGUAAUGCAGUAGUGCUGGCUGAUCCUGGUGGUGCUCGUUGACAGACAUUACGCAGUUAGUGUUGACCUGAGUGGGGCACUGCACAAAAUAACAUUCUGCACUUGUCUUAAACUGUAUAUGACCUACUGAGUUGCACAUUUAGAAGUAAACAUUGUAUCUGAAUAUCAUACCUUAGUGGGUUUUGUGACACUGAAAUAUAGCUUGUAAAUAUAAUUGUUUUGCAAUUUUGUUUUGUAUGUUGCAGUAAAAUGCCUCUGCCUCAUCUUUAGAAUAUUGGAAAGAAAACCAGACAGGUCCUUCACAAUCAACUUAUUUUAUAUCCAUUUUCCACUUUAUUCAAGAUUAUAUUUUUGUCAUGCAAAUAAGGCUUACAUUACAUUGAGUCUUUGCUCAGGCUUGAACAUGUGCUUGUGGAGCUAGUGUACAACACUAGAAUUGCAAAAACAUGACGAGAGAGGGUCCUACACGUGACGUGAGAGGGCACUGUCAUGUGUUGGACUAGUUAUGUGUUGCCCUUUUCCUGUAUGCCGACAGAAGAGAUGUCCGUUAAUUAAACGCUAUAAAAACCUCAAAAACCACCAAUUAUACUGUCAUGUAGAAAGCUUUAUUGGUAAUAUAGUACAAAGGUUAACGCCUGUCACCCUCGUGGUUGACUUUAACACGGUCAAGACUUUUACUUAUAAAUCUGGUCUUACAAUUACUUCCCUCUUUUCAUCCCGUUUUCUUUUGUGGGCAUGAUUUCUGUACAUGUUAUCCCACAAUUUCUUUAAAAAAUAACUUAGAAACAUUAACUAACUCAUUUGUAGAAUAUGUUUAAUCUUAAUGAGAAAGUCUGAUAUAACAUUUACAGUGUAAAGGGUUUUGAAAACACAAACAUAGGGAAUCGAUGGAAAAUAACAUUUUGACUGUGAAUUUUGUUGUCAAAACCACAGUGAGGUCAACAGUGAGGUCAACCAAACACAACAACAGCUUGUCAAACAACUCCCUCCUCAAUACCUUCCUACACUGACAUCCUGAUUCCCCAUCAGACAUCAGUCAGAAUCACAGUUCAUGUCAAACAGCUGCCAUAAGCCUCUGUUUCUCUUUGAGACAGCCUGGGGCGAUGGUGGCGAUGGUGUCUUUUCCCAGGCAGGCCUGGCGUUGUUCCCUGUGGCCCCGCACACAGAGCUGUUACUUUCCUGGGACCACAAGCUGAAAGGGUUGCGGUAGCCUCCAGUAGCUUUCUUAGACUUUUCCUCCUUGUCCUGCUGUCGUUUCUGCGCUUCUGGUUUGAGUGUGUCCAUUUCCAUCCUGUUGGGAUCAUGCUGCUCCUUGCCAGUCGAUCCAGCUCCCUGCCUCCUUUGGUUUUUGAGGGGCUGUCGGUUCUCAUCCCGACCCCUGCCCGCUAAUCCACCGUUACUCCUGGUCUGUGGUGGCAUCAGUGCCCUCCUCCUGCUUCUGAAGGGCUGUUUCCUCUGUCCCUGGCCUCUCUGGGUGAACCUACGUCCAGCCAUGGUGCUCCUGCCCCUGGGGCUCUCUGAGGGGACCGCUGCAGGCUCGCUGUGGUCGGGCUGGCUGCUCUGCUCCGGGUCGCAGUGGGGGUUCAUGAUGGUGCGGGUGCUCCUGAUGGUCACGUCCUGUAGAAGCGCGUAGGCUCUGCUGGGGUUCUGAAAGCCCUGCAUGGGGUACUGUAGAGCUGGAGCGCCCCCCGAUGUGCUGGGGUCUUGUAGGCCCUGCAUAGGAUAGUGUAGGGCUGUGGCACCUCUUCCUGGUUCAUGAGUCACAGCGGUAGAGCAUGUGCGGUAUGGGUACACCCCCUGCCAGGAAGUCUUAGCCGGCUCAUCCAGCACCAUCUGGCUACACCGCUCCAGCUGAUCCUCCUCCACCUUCCCCAUCAUCACAGGAGGAGGGUACAGAGCUCUGGGGGCUGUGGCCUGGCCCUGGUCACAUGUCUCUGAGGGUCCUCCUCUGGGUCCUCUAUCUGAAGGGGGCAGCCGCCCUGCUGCCUCUCCUCCCGUCUCCCCUACACCACAUGAUGCCACUGCUUUACAAGGCGCUGUGACCGCUGUCGCACCACAGAGACGUACACCUUCGAAGUACCUCUUCUCCUCACUCACCAGGCAGAACCUCUCUACCAGUCCUGGGGAUGUCUGGACCGUGCUGUCUGUCACCCUGACAGGUGUGGGGAGGAGUUCGGACCCGUGCUGGGAAACCAAGGUGCCUAGAAGGGACAGGGCUUCUCCUAGCAUGCUUUGAUCUCGGCUCUGCUCAUGUCUCAGGACCUCCAGAUUCUGCUGCAGGCCCUGCAUGUGGGAGCCGAGUGCUGUAGUCGCCACACCCGUCUAGGACAGAAUAGAAGACAACAAUAUAUGACUAAUAGCAAAGACCUCAAAAUCAAAUGUAGAUAUCUAACAUGAAAUGAUCAACAUUAAGUAUGUCAAAUAGUAUUCUCAGCACCCAGAAUCAAAUAUUUUGUGUGCCGGCCGGCCAACUAAUGUUUUGUUUGUCACGAGAGACUAGUCAUAUGUUAUCUCACACUCACCCCACAGACUCUCAUUAAGUGUAAAUUCAACAUCAGGACGAAGGCUUGACAAUACAGAGUUAUAAAUGCCACCUGUCCUCACCUUGGCAGCGCUGUCCUCCAUCUCUUUCAGCAUCUGAUUCUGGGAGCUCAGUUUAUUCAGCAUGGCCUCAAACUGCUGUGCAAAGCCAUCCUGCAGACUGGCUAUGUUUUGCUGCACUGUAAAAUAUGUUGAAAGGUAACCCCAAUGAAUACACAAUCCAUUCCAUAGCAAUCAAGACCUAUGUAAAAAAAAGUAAUAGCCACAGUACACACUGCCCAUUAUAGCUCAUUCAUGAUCAUUUCAAAAUCGAGGUAUUAGAUCAAAUAUUUCUAAAAUAAAAUAUAUGCAUGAGAUAAUUUCACUACUGAACUCUAUCUACUGGUCCCAGAGAUUAUUUCCUUUAUAAACAUGUUAAUAAUGAGCAAUGCACAAUAGAUUCUAAUAAAAGUUUAGAGAAAUUGUUCAAAGCAACCCACAUGUCUUUGCAAAAUCUGCAAAAUCUUUGUUGCCUGUUGUAGUGCUCUCAUCAAUGUGAUUUACAGAGAGCUUAAUCUGAAACACACAUAGCAUACGGGUUUAUCAUUAUUAUGAAAAUCAAAUCAAAUGUU